GCCACAGCUACAUAUUUUGCAAGCUCUAUCAUCCUAUUCACUAACGUCGAACAACCAACAACCUUCCAAUAAUACAUAAUUUAGCACAAAUUUAAAGUGGCUGUUGAAGCUGGGCUUUGUAUGCCCGUUCUACAGUACCUUGAAGUUGAUAGCGAUCUGGAGGGCAUGUGGGAUACGGUGUUUUGCGGCAUACGGCUUUUCUUUUUGUCCUUACAUCUCCUAUGCAACGAUACUGGGCGCUGUUUCUUGUACUCUUCUUGGCUCCCAACGUCUAGUCCUAUGUACUUGUGGCCAACAAAUUCCACACAAUAUGCUGUCUCUCGUGGUCCGAACAUCAUAUAGGUGUCUACGUUACAUCUUCAAUAGCACACCAAUGGGUAUGUAUGCGACCUUGGCGUUCCUCUUGGGUUUGAGGCUGAAUGAAGGAUGGAGGUCAUACACGGAGACCGUGUCUUAUACGUUACCCAAGCGUAAUAAUGAUGGCGUGAGUCAAGUAAAUGACGGGAAACAGAGGGUGCCUUACAGCAUUUGUAAUUACAGAUCGCCGUUACUGUGUACAUACUACGUAAUGUCUGGAACCAGCGUCACUGUGUAGAUAUGCC